GAUGUGGAGCUAGCCCUCGUUCGACCUCGCUGCUCCUGACGAAGAGACACCCUGAUCGAAGCGACCGAAGUCAACGACAACGACGAGUGACGACGAACAACGACGAACAACGAGACGAAACGAUGAAUGAGGGAUCGGCUUCCGCUGAUGUGCCCACGCAGCUCGCCCAGCGUUCCCCACCCUCUUCGAUCCAUUCGCAGAUACCCCUGCGCACUUCGCGCUCCCGCCUACAGGCUUCCGCGACUGUCCUGACGCUCAACAACGACGAUGUCGAUGAAGGAGGCGACGAGGACGCCGUGCAAGACGAGGCAGCCGAUGGAGAGGAAAGAGAGGGAGCCGCUGAUGGGGAGGAGGAAGAGGACUUCAGCGACGAUGAGCCACUGCAUCAAGGCCGCAUCGAUGUGGGAAAGGCGUGGGACGAGAGCGACGACGACGACGACGACGAAGAAGACGAGGUGGAGCCCGAGGAUGAAGUGGUUGCCAGGAGAGGCCGAAGGAGGCGAAAGCACCGCCGAGAUCCAGUCGACCACUCGUAUAUCUCCUCGCUUCGGCCCUCCCCGAGCCGGUUCCGUCGAUGGUGGCACAGGCUCGUCAAGUCGCCCUCUGCCCAGGCCUCGCUCAGCGUGCCUCACGUCGCUGCCAACCUGUUUUCUGCAUCGCUCAACCCAGCGUGUCUGCUGAGCAUGCCCGCCUACUUUGCUAGGACCGGUAUUCUGCUGGGAACCCUGGGGCUAGUCUUCGUCGCCGCUCUGGCCGGUGCCGGCGGUGGUCUCUGGGUUGUCUUGGGCCGUUACGUAGGAGGCAACAACAUCGAGGCCAUCACCGGUGCCGGCUGUGGCCGCAACACAAAGUGGAAGGCCAACAUUGGCAGGGCAGUUUCAGGUCUCCUCUUGGCCUCCUACGCGACGGGCACAGCUGUCAUUGCCUACUUUGCACUUGCCGACCUGCUUCUCCAGGUCCUCUUCCACUACUCUCCCCGGGGUAUUCCGCUACAUGACAGGCUCUUCGUCACCCUCUUCGUAGGCGGUCUCAUGACGACGCCGCUCGUCAUCUUCCCACUGGCCAAGCGCACCCUCAUCCGGCUUUCGACCUUCCUUGCGGCGCUCCUCUACCCGAUCACCCUGGCCAUGCUACUCUUUUACAUCUACUACGAAAGUCCGCAGAGUGACACUCCUGCGCCGCCACCCAAGACACCGAGUCUGAAUCCAAUGCACCCUCCGUCCAUCUGGGCGCCGUUUUCGCUCCUGCCGCUCUUCAGCCUCAGUGCAAGCCCCUUACAGAUCAUCGCCCACAACCGCAGUCUCCGCCGAACGGGCAUCUCGGGCAGCAACGUCAAGGCAUUCAUGCUGGCCCAAUCGGCCCAGACGAUGGCUGCCGUCGGCCUCGGUGUUGGCUUUGGCGUCGGUGUAGGGACAAGAGGGAUGGGCGAAAGGCUCGGCGUUGAGAUUCAUCCUAAUCUCUUUACAUCGCUGCCCUUGUCCGACUCGCUCAACUUUGCGAGGGUUCUCUUCAUUCUAAUCCUCUCUUCCCAUCUCGCGCUCUGCCUGGUCACUGCGCGCUCGUCGUGGGCCCGCUUGCUGAAGCUUCUCAACCUCAAUCCGCUAAGGAAGAGGACUAGAGAAGGCGGUGAGACGGGCGCCGACGAUGACGUCGAAGAACAGACGUCGGCUCUGCGCGAUGAGUCCAACGAAGGAAGCAGCAGUGUCACAACGCACGGCAUACAGUCCCAGCAGAACCAGGGAGGACACAAGAGGAAGAAGGCGCCACGGCGCUGGACGCGGCCUGCCCGCGACGCCCUCGCAGGCCUGCUGCUCUGGCUCCUGACAUCGACAACGGCCUACCUCUCUGGCGUCGGCGGUUUUCACCGACGGCGUGGCGACAAGGAGGCCGCACGUCCAGACGAUCUCGCCGUCGAAGCGCGCUUCACACGCGGCCAGGAGGUCAUUGGCCUCAUUGGUGCGGGCGUCGGCUUUGUGCUGCCGGCCCUUGUCUGGAUCAUCCUCUUUCAUGUACGGCAGCCCCGGGCCAUUCUGCUGCCGUUUGCGACCGAGAUGGGCAAGACGGCCAGCGAGUGGUUCCUCGGUCCGCAGAGUGUGCUAGCGAGGCAGCGAAGGAGGCUGUUUGCGAACCGCACUCCGGCGACCAGGCGGGACGAGGGAGGAGCCGAGGAGCAGCAGCCACUGUUGGAUUCACCAGAGGAAGACGAAGAGGAGAGCCAGCGGGCCUACAGGCGGUCUCUCCACGACCGCGCUACGCUCUCGCCAGGCUCAGUGGCGCCGACGGGCUACAAGUCCAUGCCCUCUGAUGCCAAUGAGGGCUCUUCCGAAGACGGCCAGCCCCACUCGCACCAGGGAGACGCCGCCACGCGGAUCCUCCUGGCACGCAAGGAGAGGCAGCUCCAGAAACGGACGAGGGGCCGGAGAAUGUACCAGGACGGCAUCGUCCUGGCGGGCAUUUUGCCAUUAGGUUUCGCCCUCAUCGUGCUGGGCGCUAUUGACUUGCGGCAUGGCGGUUGGUAGAACCCCUUAUCCAUUCUUGUGGUUUCACGCUUAUAUGCUAUUUCGGAAGAAGGCAUCACCUUUGUGACCUUUCGGCAUCUUGGCCGUUUCGGAGUUCUCUUGCAAUCGAUUGAUGUGAC